AGUGCGAGCCGCCGCGGAGGCUCGGGACCCGGCUGGCCGCGCGGCGCCGCAGCCGCCCCCUCCCCCACGCCCCCCUCCCCCGGCGGCGGCGGCGGCGGCGGCGGCGCGAGCGGGCGGCGGCCGUGCGGUGCGGUGCAGAGCGGAGGCGGAGGCGGGCGCGCGGGCAGCUCGCGGGCACCCGGCCGGCGGGCGCGGGAGCGGGAAAGGGUGCGCUAUGCCUUUAACGCCCGCGUACAGUAGACAUGUAUAGUGGAGUGUAGGGAAACUCUAGGCGGGGUUAAAGUUCAGCUCAUGGAGCGGCAAUAGCGCUGGCUGGCUGCAGUUGAGCCGAGUUGGAAAUGUGAACGCAAGAAGCAGGCUUGAUUUUUUUUUUCUCCCCCCUUCUCUCUCUCUCCUUCUCUCUCCCUCUUUCUCCUUUCUCACCCGCACUCACGCACACCUCCAAACCGCACACCCAGACGCACACGCACGCCCCACCGCCCGGCAGUGAUGUAUUCUCCGCUCUGUCUCACCCAGAAAAUGUCAAGUAGAAGAAUCGAGCAUUUCCAAUAAAACAGAUGAAUUUCAUCCUUUCAUCGAAGCACUUCUGCCCCACGUCCGAGCCUUCGCCUACACAUGGUUCAACCUGCAGGCCCGAAAACGAAAAUACUUCAAGAAACAUGAAAAGCGUAUGUCAAAAGAAGAAGAGAGAGCCGUGAAGGAUGAGUUGCUAAGUGAAAAACCAGAGGUCAAGCAGAAGUGGGCGUCCCGACUUCUGGCCAAGUUGCGGAAAGACAUCCGACCCGAGUACCGAGAGGAUUUUGUUCUUACAGUUACAGGGAAAAAGCCGCCAUGUUGUGUUCUUUCCAACCCAGACCAGAAAGGCAAGAUGCGAAGAAUUGACUGCCUCCGCCAGGCAGACAAAGUCUGGAGGUUGGACCUGGUUAUGGUGAUUUUAUUUAAAGGUAUUCCGCUCGAAAGUACUGAUGGCGAGCGCCUUGUAAAGUCCCCGCAGUGCUCUAACCCAGGGCUCUGUGUCCAGCCCCAUCACAUAGGGGUUUCUGUUAAGGAACUCGAUUUAUAUUUGGCAUACUUUGUGCAUGCAGCAGAUUCAAGUCAAUCUGAAAGUCCCAGCCAGCCAAGUGACGCUGACAUUAAGGACCAGCCAGAAAAUGGACAUUUGGGCUUCCAGGACAGUUUUGUCACAUCAGGUGUUUUUAGUGUGACUGAGCUAGUAAGAGUGUCACAGACACCAAUAGCUGCAGGAACUGGCCCCAAUUUUUCUCUCUCAGAUUUAGAAAGUUCUUCAUACUACAGCAUGAGUCCGGGAGCAAUGAGGAGGUCUUUACCCAGCACAUCCUCUACCAGCUCCACAAAGCGCCUCAAGUCUGUGGAGGAUGAAAUGGACAGUCCUGGUGAAGAGCCAUUUUACACGGGCCAGGGCCGCUCCCCGGGGAGCGGAAGUCAGUCCAGCGGGUGGCACGAAGUGGAGCCAGGAAUGCCAUCUCCAACCACACUGAAGAAGUCGGAGAAGUCUGGUUUCAGCAGCCCCUCCCCUUCGCAGACCUCCUCCCUGGGAACGGCGUUCACACAGCAUCACCGACCUGUCAUUACAGGACCCAGAGCAAGCCCACACGCGACACCAUCGACUCUUCAUUUUCCGACAUCACCCAUCAUCCAGCAGCCUGGGCCUUACUUCUCCCACCCGGCCAUCCGCUAUCACCCUCAGGAGACGCUGAAAGAGUUUGUCCAACUUGUCUGCCCUGAUGCUGGUCAGCAGGCUGGACAGGUGGGGUUCCUCAAUCCCAAUGGGAGUAGCCAAGGCAAAGUGCACAACCCAUUCCUUCCCACCCCAAUGUUGCCACCGCCGCCGCCACCACCGAUGGCCAGGCCUGUGCCUCUGCCCGUGCCAGACACAAAGCCUCCGACCACGUCAACAGAAGGAGGUGCAGCCUCCCCCACCUCACCAACCUACUCGACACCCAGCACCUCCCCCGCAAACCGAUUCGUCAGUGUUGGACCACGGGAUCCAAGCUUUGUAAAUAUCCCUCAACAGACACAGUCCUGGUACCUGGGAUAAAAGUCGCAGCGUCCCACCAUCCACCAGACAGACCACCUGACCCCUUCUCAACUCUGUAACAUGGACGCAUCCUCAACCCAGCGCGGUUACAACUUCACUGUCACUGGAAGGGGAGAAUCAAAUCAACUUGUACAUGGAAACAGCGAGCAUUAUGGUCCAACAGCAAAGGCCAUAACCUUUUGGGAUUUUUUUUUUUUUAAUACUUUAGGGACUGUUGUAAUUUUCUCAUAUGGUGCUGGAAAUGGUUGGGCUUUGUAACAUUUGAAGUGUUUCCGUGGUAGCGUGAGCAUUAGGCGAUGCGGCUGGAGGAGGUCUACCCUUGCUCACUGACUUCCGCUGUAACACACUUCCCUUACAGAGCCUGGCUGUUUCACAGUAUGUCAUGAAUUUACCCACACAGGUGUGAGCCUCCUUGAGCAGUCAGGGGGCCCAUGGAGAACUAAAUCUUUUGUAGUAGCUGAGAUCUGCAAUAUAUAACUUACGGGACAGUCAAAGGGCAAUGUUUUUCUGUAACAUAUUGGACAAAGAAAAUGCAGUUAAGUUCCUCUCUUAUUUUUUCUUUUAGUUUGGUUUGGUUCAGCAGUCAGCAGUUAAAUAUAUAACAUGGCCCGCAAGGACAGUGAAUCCACUCACGUUGCAGAACAAUUCCGAAAAUGACAAACUACUACUACUACUAUUCAGUUUUUUAAAAGUUUUGAAAUGCUGCACUUACAUUUAAAAAAAAAAACAAAAAAAAAACAUUUUUUCAACAAUUUCAACAAUGACACACAAAUUCACAUGGAAAUGGGGAAGAUGGUCUGUUUUGACAGAAACUGACAGGAAUCAAUCAAAACAAUCGAAUUUUGAAUUGAGUAAAGUGCAAUUUCAUUGGAUAGCUAAAUAUCUUUGUAAGAUAGAGAUUGUUGAAAAUUCUAUUUUUGUUUUUCAAGUCCUUCCACCCCAGGACUCUAAAUUAUUGGGGUAAAAAACAGCCUUGCAAGAAAAAGGGGAGCUAUUUUUGCUUUUUAUGUUUUUUAUUGUUAAACUUGUAUCCCUUUAAAAACUGAAGGAAAAUUUAAAAAAAAAAACAAAAAAAACAAAUCUAAUGGUGCUUUUACCACAAUAUGUUAACUACAUUAAAUGCUAAUUAAUUAUUUUCUGUUAUCAAAGCACAUAAGUAAAAUGAAAUCAUGGUAUCUGUUAAUUUUAUAAGCUAGAAGUCACUAUAAUGGAUUAUGCCAAUUCUGAAAAUUUUUACAUGUAUCCAGCAACAUAGGAUUUAUCAGUUAUCAGACACGUCAUUGUACCAGAGAUUGUCCAGAAAUUUUAAAGACCUUUGGGCCCCUGAACUGGGCUAUGGGAAAAUAAUAUUAAUAAUAAUAAUGAAGCCAAUAUUGACACAAAUGCUGGUGCCCAUUCAGAUCAAGGGUACUUGUUAGGGAAAAAAAAAAGUUUGCACCCCCAAAAUAUCCUGUAUCUUAUGUAAAAAACAAACAAACAAACAAAAAAAACAAAAAAAACACAGAAAACAAACAAAAAAAAAUGACAAAAAAAGUGCAAGUGAUUUUUCUACCAGACAGCGAAGCACCCCUUUGCUUCCCAUGCAACUUCAAGAAGGUUUCCUAUACUAUACAUAUAUAUACACGUUCUGGUCGGCAAGCCCUGCUGAUCAGAGAAAGUCUCUGCAUGUUCUAGUGUUAGUAACUAAUUUUUAUAUAGUUAAUGUAGGAUAAAGUAGAGUGCAUUAAGACACAAUAUUGUAAUCCCUACUCUAGGCACUUGCCUUUAAACUAUGUUUUUCAGCCCUUCAGAAGGGUUCUACUACUGUCCUAUACAAUCAAGUAACUGAAAUUCUUGGGAAGACACUUUGCUCCUCAUCUUUCCCCCCCGAAACAAUGUUGUUUUGUUUUGUUUUUUUUCCUUAAUUUGCACGAAAACAAAAAUUCCAUAUCAAUGUGCCUUGCCCUGGAUAGCGAUUAUUUGUGGAAUUGUUGCACAUGCUCCUCUAUUGAAAGGGGUUUUUCCCUAGUCAAGCAUUUGGAGACACUUUUUGUAAAUGUGACUUUUAUGUCAGCCAUCGUCAGUUUCAACAUCUAGAACUAAAUAGAGAGUUAGUUGUUCCGCAGAUAGGAGUAGUCUUUAUUGUCCUCUGUGGUCAGUGGCAGUGCUAUUCUGAGAUCUGUAGAUGCUUAGAAUAUCAGUAUUUUGGAUGUUGCUGCAUUUUACAAUUUAUUUGGAGUCUUCCUUUAUUUCCCCCUCCCACCCCCAGAUAUAUGAAAAUAUGCAAUACCUGCUUAUAUCGUGUAGAAAAGCUUAGCGAUGAUUAAUUUUUCUUUUAUUUUUUUUAUUUGACCAAAGUCGGUGCUGCACUUGACGCAGUGUGUUUUAGGUGUCUGUCUUCGUACCUUUUUUUGUGAUUUUUGAAUGCACGUGCGCAGGAAGGGCUCCUCUUAGAGAAGCAGUCAAACUGUGAAGCACUAAGCUGACCCUGCUUCAAGCAAUUUUGUUUUUACAACUGUUCCUUUCACAAGCAAGCCUUAAAAAAAAAAAAAAAAAAGACAACUUCCCUUUUCUUCAGCUCCCACACCCCAUUUUUCUUAGCAGACUGCAGUCAAUCCACAUUCAAUACAAAGUAUAUAAUGCCCAUUUUUAUAUGCACGUUUUUAAACUUCCAAGUUCUGAAAUUGUUUACUGGUUAUCUCUAUUUAAGGAAAAAAAAAUAAAAUAAAACAUUUUGGAUUUUCAUAUGUGUCUGAUAAGUGGUUGAAUAGUCGUUUGGCGCUGUUGUAUGGUGUGAUUGUCAGUAUAUGGUGUCACUUCCUCUAGCCAGCCAGCAUACUUUGCCUUCCCCUAUAGCACUUAGCUGGGCAUUACUUUAUUAUGACAUAUGUGCACUAAAAAAAGAAAAAAGAAAAAAAAAAAGAAAAAAAAAUAGCAGCUUUCAGUGCUUCACAGUGAAGGGAAAAAAGCCUAGACAAACAUUUUGUCAGAACCUUGCGAUAAGCUAAGGUAUUACCAGUAAAUUGGUUGUAUAUACAAUAAAAUUGCACCCUUUUUUUUAAAACAAAACAAACUAAGCAAUAGUUUGGGCAGUUUUAGUUGUUUUUAGUGAGCAUGUUGUAGUCAUGACUGCAAAGAGAGAGAUUAACUGCCCACUCAGAAGAUAUGUAAUUUGUAUUGUUGUAUAGUUUUAUUGAUUACACUGAUUUAUUCUACCCUAUUUUAUAAUGCAGGACUUUUGUAAUGUUGUUUAAAUGAGGAAAAAAUUUCUGUCAAAUUAGCCUAGUGAAAUUUCUGAUUGUUCAUUAUAAAGGCAGCGUUCAUAGAAUGGCUUUUCUUUCUUUCCUGCCCCCCCUCCCUUUGGGAACUGGAUUUAAGUUGAAAACUUUCCUGUUUCCUUUUUUUUUUUUUUGUAAGUAUUUAAAUACAGUUAUUUUUUUUCUCUCAAUGGUAUAGCAUAUUCCUAUGCUUGAGAAGUAUAGGUCUACUGAAAACCAUUGUAAAUGGACGUUACAGGUAUGCUGUAUUUUUGAAGGUAUUUUGUUGUAUUAAGUUUGAUGAAGCUAAAAUUAGGGAACUCUGAACAGAUUUGCAGGAAAAAAAAAUGUUUUAAAGGCUUUAAAACAUUAGGGAGGCAGUCUAGGGUGAUAACGAACAGGGGUUAAGUAUUAAACACACUAAGUUAUAUUUUUGUUCAUGUUUCAUUGUUCAGAAAGCAGCAGGAAACUGUAGUUCAGUUGUGAUCAAGCAGGAAAAAAGAAACACCAACAAUACAAGUGUUUAACUUUUUUAGACUCAAAGUCAAGUGAAGAUGUUUGAGGAAGACUUUGCUACCUGGGUGUACAGACUGACAGACUGAGGGCCAUCCGUGUCUGAAGGCCCAGCCCUUGAUUCUGAGACACAUUUCAAUUUUUUCUCUCCCAUCAAAUGGCAUUAACAAUACUGGCAAAGAUGAGUCCCUCAAAUAACUCUCCAUUUCUCCUCCCCCCACACCCCCCCACCUUGGGGACGGACAUCAGAGGCACAAACACUAAAUCAUAUCAUUUUUCUGUAUACGUUUUCUUUUCUGGCUCAUCCCCCCACCACUGAAACGCUCCUUGUCUGAUCAUUCAUGGGCAGAAGCCCUCUCCUCAAUGCCACUCUAUCCAUCCCAGAGCCUUUUCCUUUCCUUGGGGGUUUGGACUCACUUUUCUGUUUCUUUACAUCCUGGCAUGACAGUUACUCAGUGUCAGCUCCACCCCGCAGUCAGGCAUGGGCUACGGGGCAAGCCAAGGGACCCUUCCCGAGACUUGUGUUUGUCACACGCUGACCAUUGAAAUAGAAAGGAAGGCAAACUUUCCAGAGUCACGGUAUUCAGGCGGCCCUCUGGCAGAUGCAAAGCCCAUCUCAAAAAGUGUCUUUCACUUUUCAAACCCGUAUUCUCAUAGGCUUUGAACUCUGUAGUUACAGUGUUAUAGUUAUGAAACCUGGAUUAAGAAAAAAAUAUCUUUUCCUUGGAUUUUUUUUUUUUUUUUGGAGGGACGGGUUUCUGAGAAUGUCACUUUUUGUCCCUUGCAUCACGUCUCUGGAAAUAUCUUUUUGUCCAUCAUGGCGGUGGUCUCGCACUCUCUCUCUUUCUUUCAUUCUCUUUCUCUCUCUCUUUCUUUUUUCUUCUUUUCCUGGUAGCAGGCCUCCAUAGAACAAAUUUAAAACACACAACUGGCAUGGAAAUGUAAGGAGAGCUUCAGUGGCACCUCACCACCCCCCUCCGAGAUCUGUCCUAAGACAUAAGACAGUCUCAGAAAGCUGCACUGCCCACCCCCCGGCACAGCUUUCAUUCAAAUCAGCUUCCAAGGCCAAUUUCGUCCUGAAGUCAAUGCAUGUAUUUACUGUUUGACAGUAAACCCGCUCUGCCUUCUCCACGUCCAAGGCUGUGCAUUCGUCUAAUUAGUGUCGUGUAUGUUUUCCUUUUAUUUUUUCCAAUAAAAAAGCAGUGGGAUGAAAAUUGCUUUGAUAUAUAGCAGGUAACAUUGAAGCUAUUCCAUAGCACUUAACUGUAGUGAAUACUGUGUCACCAAUUCUGAAAUCAAUUUAAUGUUUAAUGCAAAUCCAUUACAUGGUGCUAUUACAGGCUGACAAAAUGAUUUACACAAAUGUGACAACUUGGGCUCAAUUCACUCUGCUUUCCAACAGUGUAAAUGCAUGAGAACUAUGCACUAAUCUAUCUGAAGACAAAACUAUAUCAACUUUGGUAUCUACUCUCCGUUUACUUCAAUCCUUGCCUUUUUGGUCAUUGUUAUAAUGCCAGCUUUAGGACAGAAAGAAUUAUAAGAAAACCAGCAUAAUACCUGAUAUAUUAAAAUGUAGUGCCUGUGAAAUCUGUAUUAUAUUGCUCUUCUGAAGUAAGAUUUUUCUACACCGGUAGCCUUCGCUGUCUGUCAGUCAGGACCUUCUGGUAUAAGUGAUGUAAGAUAACCGUACAAUAUUAAUGCAUGCUAUUCCAUAAUGCUUAGUGAACUGUAUGAAUAUUACUCAGAAUUAUGUUAGUCUUUUUUUCUGACUUGGUUCUUGUCAGCUAGGUUUAAAGGUAUUUCACUGAGAACGCAAAUUCUGUCUUUUCUUGAUUUCAGCUGUUUUCAGUAUUUUGGAGGUAUACAUUUACUUAAAUUCAGUAUUACUUGUGUUUUUUGUUUUUUUUGUUUUUUGUUUUCUUUUUCCUAGGGGACAAGCAUGGGUGUUGGGUUUCAGAAAUCAGUCCCUGGCAAGACUUGUGUCUCAAAUCGACCAUUGGAAUUUCAAGAACUGCUCUGAAGACACCGAGAACCUUUCCAGAUGAGGGACAUUUUCCUUCACCCUCAACGGAAGCUUUGCUGAUCCUGAGGGGGUUUCUUAAUGGACAGUGUUCAGCCAGGUACCCAUGCUUGAUCCGUCUUCACACCAGACUUCCUCAUAUUAAAAGGAAAAAAAAAACGAAAAAAAAAAAUUCUUUACGAAAUCACGUGGCUAUUUAGUUUCAUGCACAGUUGCAAUAUUUUCUUCAAAAAUAAAACUCUGUACAAACUUUGGGCCCGAUUCAUAAGAAAAAGAAAUUGGCUAUUAACACGGGAUUUUUUUAAGUGUUAACUUUUUGGGGGUCUAAAUUUGAAACUACUGCUUCCCAAAUUAAAUGUUUCAUCUCAUUUUUUUGUUUUGUUUUGUUUUCCCUAAGCCAGCACCCACAUCUGCCUUUUACACCCCACAGGGUUAUAUAAUCAAAUGAGGGGGAUGGGGAAGUGGGGAGCAGAUACCAGAAAUGCUCAGAAAAUAAGGGGGGACCAUCUGCGCUAGAGCCUGAUAACGGGGGAGGCAGCAGCGUGAGGGGGCAGGACCUCGCCUGUGUGCGGGCAUCACGAGUUUCCACACGUGGACUCCUGAUGCUAUUUAAUUUAAACACACACACACACACACAAUUUCCAAAGUGUGUCUGGACCACAAAAGUAUGUGAUGGAAGCGCCAGCUCUAAUCCAACCAGGGCACCUUCAUGAUAGAAAAUACUCCCCAGGCGUGCAGGGUGGAUUUGUGACUUUUCACGGUGGUUUCAAGGACAAACUGGGCUCUUUUUCCUGCUGUUUUUGUGCUCAGCUUCUCAAACUGACACAAACUUUUUUACCCCCUUUGAAUUUAUUUUGUUAUUCUUAUUUAAAAAUAUUUUUUAGUCAUAGUCUAUAAUUUAGCACUUUAAAAAAAAAAUACAUCUCAACCGAAGGCUGCGUGGCCACUGGCUACUUUGGGAUGGAGAUUUGAGAGAGCAGUCCCUUCUCCCUGGUCUCCAGCUGCCUUUCUGCACGACAAAGGCAUUUGAUAGCAUCGCCCGGGAGGUCCUAGCUAGACCUAGAGCUGGAGCUUUAUCAGAUGCCAGGAGGCCCUUCGGAAGGCUUUCAAAGGCCCAUGCAUGAUCCUCCUCCCCUGCAGCCCUGAUCUUAAGAACCAAGUUCCCCAGGGACUUUUCCCACCACCCUUGGAAAUCCAUCUACUCAAGAUACCUCCAUUGUUUUUGCAUUUCAAAUUGGGGGGGGGGGGAAGGGGAUUAAACACUCCCAGUGACAAGAGAUCUGUUGUGAAACGAAACACCCCCCGUGUUAAUAAGUUGGUUUGACCUUUGUUUUUUAUGAGCCGGGCCCCCUGUGCCUCUAGGAUACUUGUAUUGACUCUCAUAGUUACCCUUUUAGUUUGACUGUGUUCUGUGAAAAUUUGUAAUUGGUUGAGAAUCACUGUGGGCGUCCAUUCUUAUUCAACUAAAUCUCCACAGGUUUUUUGAGCUGGUGUGGAUUAGUUUAACUCUUGUAUUCAACCAUUAGUGCUACCACCUUCUCACAUUACAAUACAAUUACUGGAAGCAAGUACUGCAUUUCCUAUGCAACAAAAAAGGAAAAAUAAAAAAUUGCUAAUGCUA